GACUUCCUUCUCUGAGAGUCACUUCUCUUCGUCCGCAACCACAUCUUGCACUUCCGCCAGCCAUGCCUACGGCGACGACGACGACGAACACCACACAGGAUGUUACUGAUGGACCGUUAAGCAGCAUUCCUCUAAAGGGUACGCCCAACGGCACAGCGACAACGAGCGCGACUGCGGCCACUUUACGUUCACUCUAUCCCCGUGCAGCGACUGCAUUUCUACACCGAAAUGUCGCAUUGACUCAGUCACUGUUGUCUUCUGCAUCCUCUAUCCUACAUCCUCCAUCUUCCUUGGCAGAUGACGGACUCACUUCUCAUCGGAAGAAAUGGGACAUCCUACAAAUAACGUUUGAGACUACCGUGUACGCUUCGCCACCGGAGACAGAAGACCCGGAGGCAUUCCCUACGUCUCUCAGGGCGAACCAGAUGCUCUCACCGCAAAGCCUUGUUACCAAUUUACACUCUAGAUCACUCCACCUCUUUACACCAACGUCUCAAAAAGCAAACGCUGCGUUCCUACCAUCCCAGAUCCUUAUUACUUUGGUCCUGGCCAGUCUCAAGCUUGGAUGCCCCGAAGUAGGACGUGGCAUUAUCGAAGACUGGCUAGCUCGUAGAAGUCUAAGUAAUUCGGCUGAGGACUUGGAGGGGUAUGCCAAGGUUCUUGAGCUGUAUUGUCUCCAAAUACUGCCAAGGCUAGAGGAAUGGGACUACGCCUCGGAUUUCCUGCAGUAUGAAAGAGAACUCCCGCAGGACACGAGAGAUCGAGUGCUUUCUUCUCUUCAGUCAUUGCAUGAGCAAGCCAUCUCACAACAAAGACCAAUAUCCCCGGUCUCAAGUCCCGUGAUUGCGCCGCCUUCCGCUACUUCCUCUCGCUCCGUGUCACCUUCACCAUCUCUUUCCGCCUCCUCCGAGUCCAGUAAUUCCACACAUACUGCUACUCCACGUUCACCACGUCUGAAUUCCGCACGGCCAAGUGGGAAGGGAAAGACGCGUUUGCAUUCCAUGACUCGUUUGACGCCUUCUUCAUCAGCUUCUGCUUCUUCACAAUCGGUCUCGUCCGUAGCCACGGCGAAAACGGUUACUCCCGCAUCUCUUCGUCGUGUGGGACGUAGAAAUGAUAGUCGAGGACGGAAGACGGUUCACCAAAAUUCUCCAGACGACAGUCAAACUUCCGCAACUCCCGUACCUCGUGCGCCACGCUCACGAUCAUUACAACCUACGGAUUCUAUCACUGCGCGUCCUCCGUCUACCCUAGCCAUCAUUCGAUCGUAUCUAAACUUAUCCUCUAUCCAAACAAGCAAGUCUAAGUUGAUCACGCUCUUUCUUUUAUUCGUUGUCUUCCCGGUUCUAUCGUUCCUUUUCCGACUACGGAGGAGAAGGGUCACGAGCGUGAAUGCGGGAACUGCGGAGCAAGUUCGAAGACGAUUGAGGGCCGCUGAGGGCAAGAGCACUUUAGUCACAAUCUGGGAGGAAGUCGUUAGGGCCGUUAUGGAUACCGUGCGAAUGGGUGGGAGAGGACUUGUAUGAAGAAAACAUUUAGAGCAUGGGAUUUGGAUACCUUGAAGUGUGUUCGUCUAUAUUAUGGCAAGUCUUCCUGAGCCUGCCAUACCUCGCCUUACUCAUUUGUAUAGUGUACUUAUCUAUAGUUGUUCAGUUUUGCUGUAUUUGUUCUUUUUUAUGGAAGAUAUCACAUCGCACAUUUGUCGCUACU